GGCUCUAACAUUCUACGUUGCCGUGUCAAACAUAGCAAGCCUUGAUUUAACUGCCAUUUCCACUACCACAAAAAAUCCCAGCUCCAGAAAGACAUAUCUAAUCUGCCAGAAAUCUGCAGGAUGUUUCCGACGAUAAUUGGAAUAUUGAGUACCUCCGAUGGUUAUGUUACUUUCGAUAAAAUUGUUGAAAAAUUGAAGAGUAGAUUUUCUGAGCUAGCUACAAAAUCAUCCAAUCUCGAAAGCGACAUAUCCGAAUCUCUCGAUCGCGGCUGCAAACUUGGACUCAUCAGUAGUUCCUCUGGAAGUUUCAAGCUGGCCUUUGAUCCUAACAAUUCAGGAGGUGGAAAUUUUUCAUCUGCAUUGCAAGCAGUGAUGCAUGAACUGGGAUCAAUCAAAACAUCUCAACAGAGGAAUAUCUUAACUCAACAAAGCUCCUCUGCUACACCUUCGGCAGCGGAACUUCAAGACGCUCCAAAUUUAUCACGUGCCACCCGUCGCAAGUUCACUCCCAUACUGAACAGUCUCUGGAACAAAACUGUUGAUUGCGGCCCUGGUUGGAGUCGACGGCCCCUAGCUCAGCGCCAAGCCAUUGCAAUCCAACGACGUCAGGCUGCACAAGAGAAGGCACGACAGCGACUGCGCGCUGCUAGGUCGCAAAGAAAGUCGCGAUCCCGGUCUAGGUCGCGGUCCAGGACACGCGCAAGGUCCCGUUCCAGCCAGAGGACCUCUCGUUCCCGAAGCCGAUCUCGGUCAACUCGUCGGACUCGGGUCCGAUCUCGAAGCGGAAAAUGUUGAUGUAGAACAUAUUUUAUUUCAAAAUUUUAAAUUGUAAUAAAAAA